UCUGGUAGGGAUCUGUGAUCUGGAGUGACUGUGGCUCCUCUCUAUCCUGCUAUGUGAUUGCCUCUGGUUCGACUGGACACCAGACUACCUUUGUCACUGCUAACCUCCCUCCGUCAGAGAAGUCGUGGUGUCUGGUACGUGUGUGGGGAUAUACUCAGGAUCACAUGUACCCAUCUGAUCAUUGGUGCUUCUGGGCAGCUGAGGUAUCUGAGGUAGCUUGACCACCAGGCACGACCAGCAGACAUGGCCAGCCCCAGGAGGUCUCUCUUUCAGGGCCUGAGUAUGCUGCUCCUGGCCUGGGCUCUGGUACACUGCCAGCCCCCUCUGGAGCCCCAGAAUGAAGAGGAGAAGGAGGAAGAACCCAUGGAGGAGACAGAGCCAGAGAUAGAGACCUUUACAGUCCCGGCUGUAGUGAAGGCCGAGCCGGGUGUAUGUCCAGGGGAAUGUACCUGUACAGAGGGAGCGGUGGACUGUGCUGGGGUUGACCUCAUGGAAUUUCCUAGUGAGCUGCCUGAGAGCACACGCAUUCUCUCGCUGCAGAACAACCAGAUAGAGGUAGUAACCAUUGAGGACCUGACACGUCUGCAGCAGCUGGAAACACUAAACCUGCAAAACAACUGUCUGACCACGCAAGGCCUUGAAGAUGAAGGAUUUACAGCGCUGGAACAACUGAGUUACUUGUACUUGGCCAAUAACAAGCUCACCACAGCACCCAAACACUUGCCUCCCUCACUGGUCAGUGCUGAUUUUGCCGCUAAUUUACUCACGAAGAUCUACCCGUACACAUUUGGGCAGAAGCCAGGAUUGAAGUCAGUGUAUCUCCACGACAACAAGCUGACAGAUGCAGGGCUACCUGAGAACAUGUUGAACGGUUCUGACAGCCUGGAGGUUCUCGUCAUGUCCAGUAACUUCCUCCGCUACGUCCCUAGGAGCCUGCCCUCUUCCAUCUACCGCCUCCAUCUGAAGAGUAACAAGCUGGAGAAGAUCCCGUCAGGGGUUUUUGAUAGCCUGACCCAGCUCAGAGAGCUCUACCUGCAGAACAACUUGCUCAGCAACGAAGGCAUGGACAACGAGACCUUCAGCCAGUUGACCAGUCUGGAGUAUCUGGACCUGUCCAACAACAACCUGAGUGUGGUUCCUCAGGGUCUGCCUCGGAGUCUGAUAUUGCUACACCUGGAGAGGAACAGUAUCCACAGUAUCCCUGGCGAUGCUCUCACAGCCUGUCGUAACCUUGAGUACCUACUGCUGCACAACAACCAGCUCCACUCCCGCUCCAUACACCAUGCUGCAUUCCAGGGCCUGAAGAAGCUACACACCCUCCACAUGUACAACAACCAGCUGGAGCGUGUCCCCAGGGCUCUGCCCCGCCGAGCCAAGACUCUCAUGCUGCUUCACAACACUAUCAACGUGAUUGAACGCAACGACUUGGUCUUUCUCUAUUCCCUGACCGAGCUCAACCUCAGUUACAACCGCCUCACCAGCCCCAAGCUACACAGAGAAGCCUUCAGGAAGCUGCGUCUGCUGGUGACCUUGGACCUGUCAGGGAAUGCCCUCCACUUCCUGCCCUUGGGCCUGCCCCGCUCCCUGCAGGUCCUCCGGGUGAAGGACAACCAGCUGAACUCCAUACCAGAAGGGGCGCUGCAGGGCAUGACCAAGCUCAGGGACAUCAAUCUCAGCCACAACCAGCUCAGACUCAACUCCAUCUACCAGGGAGCAUGGAUGGAGCUCAGCGCUCUGACGACUUUGGACCUGUCCAGUAACCAGCUGUCCCAUGUUCCGUCUGACCUGCCUGAGUCUCUGGAGUACCUGUACCUGCAGUCCAACCACAUCAGCACUGUUCCCGCCACCGCCUUUGAGGGCACUCCGAACAUCAAGGGCAUCUUCCUACGGUUCAACCAUCUGUUAGCCCACUCUGUGAAGGAGAGCUCCUUCAAACACCUGACCAAUCUGCAGGUGCUGGACAUCGGCCACUCGAGCCACUCCAACCCCUCCGGAGCAUCCUUCAGACAAGAGGAAGAGGAGGAGGCAGAGAUGGAGAUGAUGGAAGAGAAAGUGGGAGAAGGAUUCGCUUCAUAGGUUUAUCCCAUGGACACACACAGCUUGAAUGAUCUAAAACCAAAAUGUUGCAGUUGUUUAGGCUGCAAUCCCAAAGUCCUGUUCUUUUGAAAGUACAGAAAACAGUGGUCGUGCUCAAUUCUGAAAUGUAAAUUGAACUAUGAAUGGAAGCGCAAAGUGAUAUUUUUUUCCCAUAUAGUGGUGAAUUGACGAUGCACAUAUCUCUGGUGCAGGAUACCAGAUCAAAUUAUAUUUUUGUUUGUUCUAUUAUUUUUCUGGGCUUUGCUUGUCAAGGCAAUGACAGAUCCGGUUGCAUUUCUGUGCUUGAGUCUGCAUGCCAAAUGGCACCCUAUUGAGUGCACUGCUUUUGACCAGGGCCCAUAGGAUUCUAGUUGAAUGUGAUGCCCUAUAUAGGGAAUAGUGCACCAUUUGGGACAGAUCCUUUGUCUCAACACCACUUUAGUGGAAGCAGAAAAGAGAAGACAGUCAGAUCUGUCAUAUGUUGAUCAUACUGUGUGGGUCCCAUCUCUGAACUUUACUGUGUGCUAGCUGUGUCACCUUACAAAGAAGAUUAUGUCAAGGUUUGAAGUUUUUUGUUUUCAGUUCUGAGCCUGUAUUUAUACUGUAAAGCAUCUCAGACUAGGAGUGCUGAUUGAGGAUUAGGUCCCUCUCUCAUUCAUUAUGGUCCAAAAGGCUAAACUGUUCCUAGAUCAGUAUCCCUACUCUGAGAUCUUUUGUGAAUAUUGGCCCUGGUUGUGAUUGCGUGAUGUAGUCUGGUAAGACAGUCUGGCUUUAUGUAAAUUUUGUCGUUCUUAUAUCAUCGUUACUACAAGUUCUGUGACCGUGUUCAAUCUCCUCGCUCUUCGACUACCAUGAGAUCCAUGCUGUUAAUGUAAUGCCUUACUUUAAUCCAGUCUUGUUUUGUAAGACGGCAAGUAAUUUGCAUAUGGUAUCUGAAAAUCUCAUGCUAUUAAAUUAGUCACCUCGCUAUGAACCAAUGUAUUCACCUUCAGAUGUACCAUUAGUCACCUCGCUAUGAACCAAUGUAUUCACCUUCAGAUGUACCAUUAGUCACCUCGCUAUGAACCAAUGUAUUCACCUUCAGAUGUACCAUUAGUCACCUCGCUAUGAACCAAUGUAUUCACCUUCAGAUGUACCAUUAGUCACCUCGCUAUGAACCAAUGUAUUCACCUUCAGAUGUACCAUUAGUCACCUCGCUAUGAACCAAUGUAUUCACCUUCAGAUGUACCAUUAGUCACCUCGCUAUGAACCAAUGUAUUCACCUUCAGAUGUACCAUUAGUCACCUCGCUAUGAACCAAUGUAUUCACCUUCAGAUGUACCAUUAGUCACCUCGCUAUGAACCAAUGUAUUCACCUUCAGAUGUACCAUUAGUCACCUCGCUAUGAACCAAUGUAUUCACCUUCAGAUGUAUAGAUUUGUAUUUCACACAGCAAUACAUUUCACGCAUUAACAGGUUUCUGAGCACACAACAAUAUUAAGCGUGAAAUGUAUAUAAAAUGCACUUUAUUUUCUUUUUUUGAGAUGUCAGCAUAUAAACAAAAACAUUGAGCAACUAGAAAUCAUGACAGAAAUAUAAAAAGAGAGACAGUCCAGAUGUUGAGAUUGUGGUUUUGAAACAACAUACUUUUCCAGGGCCACAUGUUGGAGGAAUUCAACUAUUCAUUUUGUCUGUGUCAAACUGUCCCAUUUCAGACACAAUAAUAGAAAUGUCUCAAAUGACUCCGAUCAAUGAAGUCUACCUCCAGUCUGCCUGUCUACCCAGCAGGGAAAUCUAUAGACAAUGCAUGUUCUUUAUCCUCCUGCUAUUUACCUUUAUUCAGGGCCAGCUUUAGCCUUUUGGGGGCCCUAAGCGAGAUUUAGUUUGGGGGCCCCCCCACCUCCCAGCAAAACAUUUUAGUGGCCCCCCACUUCACAGCAGAGAGACACAUUUUAGUUCUGAAGAUACUUUCCUGCAAUUCUACCAGAGGUGGCACCACAGGUCCCAGAGUGGUGUGGUGAAUUAUUUUGCUGGGCCCCGGCGUUUUUCCUGAUCUGAUAACCUAACCAGGUAAAACUCCAGAUCUUAUAUGGUAUGACGUGAUUAAUCCGUUGUAAAAAGGUUUAAUAUGGGCUAUGAUGGGACAAGAGCUUUUCUAAACUAAGUUCCUUCUGAAAGUACACCCCUUGACUUUUUUCCACAUUUUGUUGUGUUACAGCCUGAAUUUAAAAUGGAUUACAUUGAGAUUAUGUGUCACUGGCCUACACACAACACCCCACAAUGUCAACGUGGAAUAAUGUUUGUAGACAUUUUUACAAAUUCAUA